AUGAGUGAGGUCGAUCGUCGUCCUUCGGGAUCGCAUUCUGCGCGAGCACCGCCCCGAAGUGCCGCCCCAAGCGAAUGGGAACCUCUCUUGGGCGCAAGUGGAGGACGACGACAUUCUCACAGCGGGACCUUCCUCUCGCGGCACUUUCCCGUGUACUCUCCCCGACCGUCCCCCCGCGACGGCCACGGAACGUUUCGAGACGCCGAGAGCGCUGAACAGGACGAGAACGAGGCCAGGGACGACGGCCCAGGCGUUUGCCCGAGCGGUUGCAGCAGAGAGAGCAUCUACAGAUUCGCCAUCGUUUAUCCCGAGUUGUACAGGAUAAAGCAUAGAACCUAUUACUCUUGCGACGUCUGCGUCGCAAUCCUUCUGCUGGCCAUGACGGGGAUCUUUCAGGCCUACAUUGUCCAGAUCGCUGGAGGCCACAUUUUGACCCAGAGCCUGAACCAGUAUCGCUUGAGUGUCCAGACGUUUUCAGCGAAGGAAAGCGAAGGGGGACUGAUCGAUGGAUGGAAAAUGCUCGUCGGACAAUCCCCCCCAGAGUGGGUCAAGCCUAUCGUGGGGCAGGAUUUGGCUCCACAGGAGUGCUGCCACGCCGUGUCGUGCUCGGCGAACAUUAGAUGCUGCGACCCUGAUCUGAAUGUCAAGAACAGGGAAUGGUCUAAUGAAACCCGAAUAAAGCCGCAGCACCUGAGCGCCGUGUGCUACAAGGACAGGGAUGGCCUGGACUGCGGCCCACCGUCAUUCCAGCUUGGGGUCGGCGGAUCGGCCGCUGGAACGAGCUGGACGUCGACGGGGACGGGCUCUGGAGCCACGAGGAGGCGCUUGCGGACCGCGCGAACCUGGGCUGUAGGCUGCAGCUGUCGCAGAUGGAGCUGCUGA